CUGAUAACUCCGAAGAAAUUAACUGUUGCCUGUUUCUUGAACAGGAGAGCAGCUUUUCAUAAGCCUGUGUCGCAGGCAUAAGCAUUGCCCAUAUAACCACAUUAUUAUGUAUAUUCCUUUUUGAUGCAUUAGACAGUAAAAUUUUGCAAAAUGAAAUCGUACAUAUGUGUGCGAUGGGGAGCGCUUAUGUUAAUUUCAUGGAUGGUCAGUGCAGCUGAAAUUGAUUAUGCCAGAAACGGAAUACCAGAAGGUUGUACCUACCGUGGACAAUUCUUUGCGAUUGGAGAUACAUUUAUUCCUGACCCCAUGAUUGCUCCAUGCGUAGAACACAUCUGUGUUAAAGGAAAUGAUGGACCUGUUCAACGAUUUCACCAAAAUAUUACCUGCCAGGAUAUCCAAUGUCCCCUAGGACAACAUCCAAUUCUAGAAAUGGGAAAAUGUUGUCCAGAGAGGUGUGAAGUGAUACCUCUGGUCCAGGGAGAAGCUGCAAAGUUCAAGCAACAGGAAAUGUUGGUGGUCGCCGAUAAAAGUGGACUUGGUGCUAUGGUGGGAAAAGAUGCACUAGUAGUUUCCGACGAAAAAGCCGGCGGUGCCGUUACGGGUCCCUUUGCCACCUAUAAUGGGAUGGGGAUGCCUGGACCACGAGGGCCCCAAGGCCCACCUGGACAACCUGGAAUUCCUGGAUUUCCCGGCCCACGUGGAGAUGUUGGAGAACCUGGACCGAGCGGUCCCCCAGGACCAAGGGGAUUCCCUGGACCACCAGGGCAAACUGGAAACGAUGGUGAUGAAGGACUUCCGGGAGAACAGGGUCCUAUGGGACCUAUCGGAGAACCAGGCACACCAGGAAACCCAGGAAUGCCAGGCAUGCCGGGAAUGAAAGGUCAUAGGGGAAUGCCUGGAAGAUCUGGCGCACCAGGAGAGAUUGGUAAAACUGGAGAUAAGGGACCAGUAGGACCCGUGGGACCAACUGGAGCUAUUGGAGUGAUGGGUCCUCCGGGUCAGCCCGGAGAGCGGGGCCGUGAUGGACCAGAAGGAACACCGGGUCUUCGAGGAUUGGAUGGCAACCCAGGUGAACAAGGUCCACCAGGAUCAAUCGGAGCGCCGGGUAGUCCUGGAUUCCCAGGCAGCAUGGGAGCAAAGGGUGAUUCUGGUCAACCUGGACAAAGAGGAGAAUUAGGAAUGACAGGACCCCCAGGAGUAAACGGACGUCAGGGACCCCCAGGAGAACCAGGUCGCCCAGGUGCACCAGGCAAAGAUGGUGAAACUGGACCCAAAGGAGAUAUUGGUAUGCAAGGUGCACCAGGGUCACAAGGAUUCCCAGGACCCCAGGGCGCACCGGGUCAAGCUGGAGACCCAGGGGUGGCGGGAGAAAGAGGAGAUCCUGGACAAGAUGGCAGUGUAGGUCGCCAGGGAGACCCGGGAGAGAAGGGGAACACUGGAGCACCCGGAGAACAAGGUUUACCAGGAUUGGCAGGACAAGAAGGCAAAAGGGGACCACCUGGACCCCCCGGAGCACAGGGACCAGUUGGGUUAUCAGGAGAGAGAGGUUCACCAGGACCCGCAGGAUUGCCAGGCCCACAGGGUUCCCCAGGGGCACCUGGAAGACCAGGAGAGAGAGGAUCGACUGGAGAACCGGGAAUUGGUGGAGAUCCGGGAUUGACAGGUACCCCGGGACACCAAGGCCCUCCAGGACCGCGGGGCAGACCUGGGAAAACUGGUGAAACAGGCGAACAGGGAGUUCGAGGUCAACCGGGAUUGAGUGGAAAUGAUGGGAAAAAUGGAGAACCUGGUCCCCCUGGACCCCCAGGCAACCCUGGAUUACCAGGACCCCCGGGGAUUGUUGGAGAAUCCGGUCUUCCUGGAAGAGAUGGUGAAACAGGUGGCCCAGGUAGACAAGGACCCAGAGGAAUAAGAGGACCUGCAGGACCCCCCGGACCCGAGGGACCAGCUGGAAUUCAGGGAGCACAAGGAGAGAGAGGAGACCCCGGGGAGCCAGGAGACCCAGGAUUCAAUGGUCCACCAGGAGCAGCAGGUGCCCCUGGUGAGAACGGAAAGACUGGAGACACAGGAGCCACAGGACCUAGCGGGGAACCAGGAGUUCCUGGAGAAAGAGGGGAACCCGGUCUUCCAGGCGAAGCAGGACCAAGAGGAUCUCGAGGUGCCACAGGGGAACGCGGACCCUCGGGACCGGCAGGAGAGUCCGGGCCACCGGGACCUCCAGGAUCUAUGGGAGAAAGAGGAGACAGCGGACCUCCUGGUAUUGUGGGUUUGCCAGGUGAAUCUGGAGCUCCAGGGCCAAGAGGAACACGUGGUAACCGGGGUCCUAGAGGUCCAUCUGGACUUGAUGGUGUUACUGGUGAGAUUGGUUUGCCAGGAGACAAAGGUGAACCAGGCCCCCCAGGUCCUCCAAGUACUGCUCUGCCACCACGCGGUCCCCCCGGAGAACCAGGUCCUGCUGGAGAAAUUGGUGCACCUGGAGAAACUGGACCUAUGGGCUAUCCCGGAAAUCCAGGCGGUGUUGGAGAGAGAGGCACCCAGGGUAAUCCCGGCCCCCCUGGAGCGGCGGGAGAAGCAGGAGUUCCUGGUCCUAGGGGAGAUCCUGGCCCACGUGGAUUUCAGGGAGAGCAAGGAAUACCCGGUGAAAAUGGUAGACCAGGAGAGGCCGGUAGUAAGGGAGGGGUUGGAGAAGCUGGACCACAGGGACCACCAGGGACACCAGGCUCACCUGGUCGAGCCGGAAUACAGGGCUUGCCAGGCGAGUCUGGACCCUUAGGAGCCCCAGGAAGUCCAGGAAAGCAGGGAGACAGGGGGGAUCGAGGUGAGGUUGGAGCCCCCGGACCUGUGGGAAGACAAGGUGACAAUGGCGCUGAUGGACGCGACGGUGCACAAGGAGAAAGAGGAAAUUCUGGACUUCAAGGACCACAAGGGCCACCAGGACCUUCUGGACCUCAGGGUGAACGAGGCGUGCCAGGUUAUCCUGGUGCCCAAGGAGAAAUGGGACCCCAAGGGGAGCAAGGACCUGUAGGAGCAGUCGGGGAACCAGGUAAAAAUGGAUUAGAUGGAUUAACAGGACCAGUUGGUUCUCCAGGACCAAUCGGAAACCCGGGUUACCAGGGACCACCAGGCGAAAAUGGCCCAUCUGGAGCAAAUGGAUUACCAGGUGCACCUGGAGCUCCCGGAGAAAAGGGACCCCGCGGUCCAUUAGGUCAAGCCGGCCUUCCAGGACCACCAGGUCCACAGGGACCACAAGGACCAACAGGAGAGUCUGGCCCACAGGGAGAGCGAGGAGAAAGGGGAGAAGUUGGAGAGGCCGGAAUCCCAGGACCACCCGGUCAAUCUGGCCCUGCUGGACCAAUGGGACCUCAAGGAGAAAAGGGAAACACUGGUGGAGUUGGAGCAAAGGGUGACAAAGGCUGGCCAGGUCUCCCUGGUGGACAAGGAAUGCCCGGACCUCAGGGCAAUAGCGGAGAUAUCGGACAACCUGGUCCCCCAGGACCACCAGGGCCGCUGGGAGAGACUGGACAACGUGGAUCACCAGGUCGUGACGGGGACCCAGGUCCUAUUGGCCCUCCUGGAGCACCUGGACCUCGUGGACCUGAAGGAGACGAUGGACCAAUCGGUGCACAAGGGCCACCUGGACCCCCAGGCAGACCAGGACCUCCCGGAUAUGCCCCAGUUUUCCCAGGCAACGUCAAUUACAAUCAAGUGAAAGGACCCGAUCCUUACUACAAUGAUGAUCCAAACGCAAUGAGUGACGAUGCCUACGUAGACUUAAAUACUCUAGGGGAAGCAAUCAAUCGUGUCAGGAGACCUAUUGGAACCAGAAAAGCGCCAGGACAACAUUGUCAACAUAUCAAACUGAAAAAUCCUGACUUUACCAAUGGGGAUUAUUAUAUCGACCCGAAUGAUCGCAAUGUGCCAGCAGAUCCAAUCCUAGUAAGAUGUAACAUGACAUCCGGUGAAACUUGCAUACAAGCAAAGGGAAAUAGCGAAAACCAGCAGCGAUGGACCAAACAAUCAGGGCGACCAAUUUGGUUUGGAGAGGAAAUUACUGGAGAUGAUGAGUUUAACUACAAAGUACCUUCUAAGCAUUUGGGAUGGUUACAAAUGAGAAGUAGCACUGCCAAACAGAAAAUCAGCAUUUUCUGCAAAAAUGUGGAUCCUAAAGACACUAAAUUCCGCUUGUUUGACGGCAGUGCAAUAAGUUCCUCUCUUCUCCGUCCACAACACAGAACAACAAUAACAGUAGAGAACGAUUGUUCUGGUAAAGUCAAUACUUGGUCUAAAGCUGUUUUCACGAUCUCAACAAAGAGGGCUGAUUUAUUGCCAAUAUUAGACAUACAGCUUGCUGACGUAGGCAAUGAAGGCCAAGAAUUUGGUAUUAAAGUAGAAGAAGUAUGUUUCCAUGACGAUGGAUAUAUAGGAACCAAUUAAAAUUAAUUUUCUUGAAAUCAUGGCACUUUUGAAAUCAUGGCAAUACAUGAAAUUAUGGCAAUAUACACCAUCUGAAACCGGCAAACAAAUCGUGGGAUUACCUGAAAUCAUGGCAACUGGCGAGGAAAUCAUGGCAUUACCUGAAAUCAUGGCAACUGGCAAAUAAAUCAUGGCAUUACCUGAGAUCAUGGCAACAUAACCAUCAUUGAACUGGUAAUUAAAUCAGGACAAAUUGAAAUCAUGGCAAAAUAUAUCGUAUAACAGGCAAUUCCAAACACGAACUUAUUUGUAGCAUACAACAUGUGGCAAAGGGCAGGUGUAUAUCUGUGACAACAAAGCUUUUGUGAUUUUUGUAAAGUCUAAAAUUUAAAACAGAUUGUGACAUGUUCAUGGCAACUUUUCAUGACAACUUCUGUGGAUUCGUUUACAAUUUUAAUUCCAAGCUAAUCGUGUUAUAUACAUUUGUGUUAUGUGUGUGUUUUGAUUUUCGCUCAUAUGACAACGUGAUCAUUCCGAAGAAGUGGGUGAAAGGACAAUAUUGUACAUCUGUGAUUUUUGUAUGUUUGUUUUAUUUAUGUUCUUUUGUGAAUAGUCAUUUAAGAUGCUUUCAUUAAAAGUGUUUCAUCUAGGUCCCCCUACCUCUAAAGUAUGGAAAGAAAACCGAACAUCCCAUUUUGUGACGACUGUGCGUAAAUGAUUACAAUUAAAAUUUGUUUAAACAUAAAGUGAAUAAAUCGGAUAAUUAUA